UGUAGUGGUAUUUUAUCCUGUACUAUACACAAUGAUGAGUGGAUGUUUGAUGUUCAGUAGAUGAAUGUGGUUAAAGGGUGAUUGUGUCGGGACUUAGCCAGUGCAGCAGAAGAGGCGGUGAGGGCGUAGGAUGGCGGUGAAGAGGAGGUGUGGCUGCCCCGCGUGGAGGCAACAGGCGCCGCUCCAAGCCUCCACACCACCCGCACCUGGUACCUGUGAAAGUUCAAGUUUAGAUGCUGAGGUUUUCUCCAUUGCAAGUUUGUAUUCUGCGCCAACUUUCCUCUACUGCAAUGUCUCGCUCAAACAUUAUGAUCCCAAAUAGCCAAGAAGGUGGAGUAAAGCGUGCAGCUGAACCUGAGGCAAGUACCAAUGAGGAGAAACGCUUCCACAAAGACACCACACCUGAUGGAGUCAUGGAAGUUGUACGAAGGAAACGGAGAAAAUAUGCCCUCCUCCUCUCUUACUGUGGCAAAGGCUAUUUAGGCAUGCAGAGAAACCCAGGUUACCGUACCAUAGAAGAUGACCUUUUGACUGCCAUGUUGCAUGCUGACCUAAUGACUGAGGAGGGCUGUACCUGUCCUCAGAUGUUCCACUUUCAACGUGCAGCUCGUACAGACAAGGGGGUGUCAGCAGCUCGCCAGGUGGUGUCUGUUAAACUCCCUGAAGAUGUGACCAUACCAGAUAUGGUAGUGAGAAUCAAUCAACAUCUCUGCAGUCAGAUCCGUGUUAUGGCCAUUCGACGAGCAACUAAAGGUUUCAAUUGCAAAUCUUGGUGUGACUCUCGGACGUAUUCUUACAUGUGUCCAACCUUCGCCUUUGCUCCAGAAAUAGAGAAGGCAAAAGAGGACUACCGUAUCACUCCUGAAGUAUUGGAUGGGUUGAGAAAUAUUCUCAAACUUUAUGAAGGCACUCAUAACUUCCAUAAUUUUACUGCUCGAAAGAAAGCCCAGGAUGCCAGUGCCAAUCGCUACAUUAUGGACAUUGAUUGUGGCCAACCUUUUGAGCGAAAUGGGCUGGAAUGGCUAUUGAUAAAAAUCAAAGGGCAGAGUUUCAUGCUUCAUCAAAUUCGUAAGAUGGUGGGCCUGGCAAUGGCCAUUAGCCGGGGUCUGGUUGGGUCUGAAGUCAUUGCUAGAGCAUGGAAGGAGUCCCGCUUAGAUGUGCCCAUAGCACCUGGUCUUGGCCUUGUACUGGAAGAGCCGCAUUACAACAAAUACAACAAGAGAUAUGGAUCAGAUGGGAUUCAUGAGCCCCUCACCUGGGAGGAUGAGAAGCAGAAGAUUGAAGAGUUUCGAGAGGAUAACAUUGACUCCUGCAUCAUUGAAACUGAAAUUCGAGACAAGUCCAUGCUGCAGUGGUUGUCAACCCUUCCCCUGCAUCAUUUCAGCACCUCUGAGGUGACUUUGCCGAAAAAUACUUCUGGACUCUCUUCUAAAACCAAAGGGAGUGAUGAUGAGGUAGAAGAUGAAGAUGAAGAUGACCUGGACCAGUAUAGAGUCUCUCCACAUAAAAGCAAAGAAACACCAGUGACAUCUGGUGUGGGAAAAUUGAAAGAGAUAACUAAUGGGCAUAUUGGAACUAAUGUUGAGGGGAGUUUGAAUGUUCCUAGUAAUACAGAUCAAUCAGAAGGAGAGGCCUCAAAUGUAAGUGAAGCAAAGUGUCCAAAUAGCUAAUUCUUCUCUAAAGUUAAACAUAUACGUACAUAUUUUUCAAAUGUUACAAGAGAUAAGUUUCAUAUACUAAAUGGUUUAUAGAAAUAGUACAAAUGUGUGUUGUACUCAAGUUAGAUCAAUUGUACUUUAAGCCACUCAUAUUUAUUUACUUAUUUUUUGUUCUUGUUUUGUGUGUGUGUGUGUGUGUGUGUGUGUGUGUGUGUGUGUGUGUGUGUGUGUGUGUGUGUGUGUGUGUGUGUAAUUCACCUCGGUCGUCUGCUGGUC